AUGGAUUAAAUUGCGGUAAAUACUAUGAAAAGUUUGGAGUAGUUGAUUAAAUUAGCUAUAAACAAAAGGGUUUAAGCAGCUUUUCCAAAUUUACAAUAAAAUAAUUUUGAGAUUUCACUAUAAGCAAUAUCAAAUGAUUUAAAUUAUGAAUACAAAACGUCAAUCGCCAUAAAAAUAUUUAAUCAAUUUAAGAAAUAAAAUUUAUAUUUAGGUAUUGAAUGUUGAAAUAAUGAAGAUUUAAAAUCUGAAGUUGAUGUUGCAUAAAAAAUAGCAUCUAUAGAAUUUUAGGAUAAAGUAAUCUAUAAAGUAGAGGCAAAUGAUAAAGGAUUUCUAACAAUUUAAUUAAAAGAUAAAUUUAUAGAGGAUGAAAUAAAUUCUCUUUUAAUAAAUGGAUUAAAAUUCCCUAUAAAGAAGAAAUAAGUAUAAAUAGCAUUUAAAAAUAAUUAAGAAAAUAGUUGUAGAUUUUUCAAGUCCACGAAUUGGAAAAGAAAUGCAUAUUAGUCAUUUAAGAUCAACCAUUUUAGGAGAAUCUUUAUGUCGAAUAUUAGAAUUUUAGGGAUAAGAAGUAAUUAGAGUAAAUCAUAUUGGUGAUUGGGGAAAUUAAUUUGGAAUGUUGAUUAAUCAUUUAUUAGAAGAAUAUCCAAAUUACUAAAUAAAUAGUCCUGUAAUAACAGAAUUAAAUGAGUUUUAUAGAGCAGCUAAAAAGAAGUUCGAUUAAAAUGAGGAAUUUAAAAUAAAAUCUUAAUAAUAUGUUAAAUAAUUGCAGGCAUUGGAUCCAGUAUGUAUUGAUGCUUGGAAAAUGAUUAGUGAAUUAAGUAAAUAAGAAUAUAAUAAAAUUUAUUAACGAUUGAAUGUAAAAAUAACAGAAUUUGGAGAAAGUUAUUAUAAUUCUAUUUUACCAGAAAUAGUUUAGUAAUGUGAAAGUAAAGGGAUAGUUGAAUUAGAUUAAGGUGCAAGGAUUAUAAGAGUUAAUGGAUACAAGGUUCCUAUAAUGAUUGUGAAAUCAAAUGGAGGUUAUAAUUAUGAUACUACAUAUAUGGCAGCAGCAAAAAUACGUCUUAUAGAUUGGAAAUGUGACAGAUUAAUUUAUUUAAAUGAUAUAGGUUAGUUGAAUCAUUAUAUGCUUAUUUUUGAAGGUUCAAAAUUAAUGGGAUGGCAUUAACCACCAGUUACAUCUAUGGAAUUUAUGGGAUUUGGUUUAAUAAUUGGAGAUCCUAAAAGAUUUAAGGCAAUAUAAAUUGAUACAGUUAAACUAAUAGAUUUAUUAGAUGAAGCUAAAUAGAGAGCAUUGAAAUAAAUUUAAUAAAGGUUUUAGCAAAAUUAAUAAGUAAAAGAAUUUAUAAAUUUUGUUUUAUCUCCAGAAGAAUUUGAUUUCAAAGCAGGUAAAAUGGGAAUUGCAGCCAUUAAAUAUUAUUGCUUAAAAUAGAAUCGUAUUUCUAAUUAUAAUUUUGACUUUGAUAAGAUGCUUGAUCUAAAAGGUAAUACUGCCAUGUAUUUGAUGUAUUCCUAUGUUAGAAUCUUAUCUAUUAUAAGAAAGAGUGGCAUUCAAGAUUUUUAAGUCUUUAAAUUAGAAAAUAAAUUCAAAAUAACACAUUUGCAUGAACGUCAUUUAGCUGUAUAACUAUUGCGAUUUGUUGAUGUUUUAUAAUCAGUAACUGAUUAAUUAACUAUUAAUUGGCUAUGUGAUUAUAUCUAUAUUAUAUGUGUAAAAAUAGGAGAAGCAUAUAAUUAAGUAAUUUAUUAAUUUUAAAAUUUAGUAUCAUAUAUUGAAUAAUGAACAUACUUAAACACGACUAUUAUUGUGUGAAGUUAUCAGAAUUAUAUUAUAGCAAUCUUUUUAUUUGAUUGGAAUAGAACCUAUUGAAAAAAUUUGA